GUGCGGGAGCGGGAGCGCGGCUGAAGGCCGGGGCGUGCGGGGCGUGCGGGGCGUGCGGGGGCGGCUUCCCCCGCUCCACGGCCGAUCAUGUUCGCCAAAGGGAAGGGGUCGGCGGUGCCUUCGGACGGCCAGGCUCGGGAAAAGUUGGCCCUCUACGUGUACGAAUAUCUGCUGCACGUCGGGGCGCAGAAGUCGGCGCAGACCUUCCUGUCGGAGAUCCGAUGGGAGAAGAACAUUACGCUGGGAGAGCCCCCCGGCUUCCUCCAUUCCUGGUGGUGCGUGUUCUGGGACCUGUACUGUGCGGCCCCGGAGAGACGGGACACCUGUGAACACUCGAGCGAAGCCAAGGCCUUCCACGACUACAGCGCGGCAGCAGCCCCCAGCCCCGUGCUGGGGAACAUCCCCCCAAACGACAGCCUGCCCGGUGGCCCCAUCCCUCCCGGCUUCUUCCAGGGUCCGCCUGGCUCCCAGCCCUCGCCCCACACACAGCCUCCUCCUCACAACCCCAACAGUCUGCUGGGACCUCACAGUCAGCCGUUCAUGUCUCCCCGCUACGCUGGAGGUCCCCGGCCCCCCGGCCCCCGGAUGGGCAGCCAGCCUCCAGGAACUGUCCCCGGGACCCAACCCCUGCUGCCCAACUCCAUGGACCCCACGCGGCAGCAAGGUCACCCCAAUAUGGCAGGCUCCAUGCAAAGGAUGAACCCCCCACGAGGGAUGGGGCCUAUGGGCCCCGGCCCCCAGAACUACGGCAGCGGUAUGAGGCCUCCCCCCAACUCGCUGGGUCCCGCCAUGCCUGGAAUGAACAUGGGUCCGGGCGCCGGCAGGCCGUGGCCCAACCCCAACAAUGCUAACUCGAUCUCCUACUCCUCGUCCUCACCCGGCAACUACGUGGGUCCCCCCGGCGGCGGAGGGCCACCUGGAACGCCCAUCAUGCCCAGCCCUGCAGAUUCCACAAACUCCAGCGACAACAUCUACACAAUGAUUAACCCCGUCCCGCCGGGAGGGAACCGGUCAAAUUUCCCGAUGGGCCCGGGGUCGGACGGGCCGAUGGGAGGCAUGGCCGGGAUGGAGCCUCAUCACAUGAACGGGUCAUUAGGGUCAGGUGACAUUGACGGACUCCCCAAAAAUUCCCCAAACAACAUCAGCGGCAUCAGCAACCCCCCCGGCACCCCACGGGAUGACGGAGAGCUGGGCGGCAGCUUCCUCCAUUCCUUCCAGAACGACAACUACUCUCCCAGCAUGACGAUGAGCGUGUGACGCGUGUCCGGACAGCAGAGCUACCGGCAGGAAGAACCCAGAAAUUAUGCAAGAUGAAAGCGGUCGGCCGGAAGAGGCGGGACGGGGCGAGGGGGGUGUCGUCCCUCCCGCUCCCUCCCCCCGCCCCCUCCCAGUCUUAGUUUCAUGCAAUAAAAAGGGUUUACUUUUUAUUCCAUCGAACACGAAGGACAGAAUUUACCAAUGAGAAAUCUGUCUCCUCCCCCAGCCCCCGCCCGGCCCCCAGCCAGUGCAGACACGUGGGGGUGGGGCCGGGUUUUGGAUUUUGUUUUUUUUGGAAACAAACGGAAGCUUCUAGCCCCCCACCGGCCCCCACCCCGCCCUCUCUGCUUUGUUCUUUUAAGAAAACAAGGAAAAACACAAAAAUCCCUGUUGUGUGUUUGUGCUGUGGUCCCUGCGCCCGAUGGUAGCUUAGGUCGGGGUAGGAGCUCCCGGUGUCUGUUGUAACCCUUGACGACGAUCCUCAUCCUCAUCCUCAUCCUAAUAAACUGGACCGUUUACA